AUGUCUUCGAGAGGCCAACCAGUUUUCAAUGUGUAUCCAGUAGGCAACUACAGCUUCGGCACGAAAGCACCAAAGCUAGAGAAGGAUUCAAAUGUAAACGAGCGACUUUCACGAUUAAAAGCCAACUAUGAAAAGGAGGGCAUGCGACGAUCUGCGGAAGCAAUCCUGCUGGUACAGGAACACAAUCAUCCACACGUGCUUCUGUUUCAGCUCGGGCAGUCAUUCUUCCGGCUACCCGGGGGGCGAUUGCGACCCGGGGAGGACGAAGUGGAAGGUCUGCGGCGCAAGCUGUCCAACCGGCUGGCACCCACCAACGCGGCUCUUCAAGUCGUGUGGGAUGUGGGUGAGGUCCUGAGCGUCUUCUAUCGGCCCAACUUCGACACCAUGUUCUACCCCUACGUCCCGCCACACAUCACACGGCCCAAGGAGUGCCGCAAGCUGUUUGUGGUACAGCUGCCCGAGCGCUGCGUAUUCGCGGUCCCCAAGAACAUGAAGCUCGUGGCGGUGCCGGUUUUUGAGUUGUACGACAAUAUACCGCGGUACGGCCCCAUCAUUUCGUCGCUUCCCGCGGUGCUGUCGCGGCUGCGGCUCAAUUUGCAGUUCGUCCUGCCGCCCCCGCCUCCACAGCAGCAGCAACAGCAGCAGCAACACAAUGGCUAUGGGCAACAACAGCAACAGGAGCAGCAUUUCCCUCCGUAG